AGCACCCUCUUAACUCUUCCCUUUUUCCUUUUGGCUUUUUUUUUCCUUCCUGUUUCUGCGGUUGCCCGACAAAAAGAAAAGAAAAGAAAAGGAAACAAUUUUGUGUCAAAUCAACAAACAACCCGUUCACCAAGACCCCGCCAUCCACACCCUCUCCCCCUAAGGUGAAGGUGUUUAUUUUCCCUUCCAGUCAUGGCGGAAAUUGUUCCCGAUUUUCAAGAUGAUACCGACGGCGAUUCUGCCAUUGACGUUCCUUUCGAGGAGUCUCUCACGUCUGUCAGAUCGAGCAUCUUUGCUUUCCAGCAAGAAAAUGGUCGCACUUACCAUGCGAUGAGUGCGGGGAAAUAUUUUUUGCCCAACGACCAUGAAGAAGUUCAAAGACUUGAUCUGCAACACUAUGUAAUGAUCAAAACCUUGAAUGGCAGACACUGCCUUUGCCCCAAGAACGAGACUGCCACAUCAGUGCUCGACCUGGGGACCGGGACAGGCAUAUGGGCCAUAGAAUAUGCCGAUGCCCAUCCCGAGGCGCAUGUCAUCGGUGUGGAUCUCAGUCCGGUUCAGCCGGAGUUUGCACCUCCAAACUGUACAUUCGAGAUCGAUGACCUCGAAAAAGAAUGGACUUGGUCAACCAAGUUCGACUUUAUUUUCGCCCGGAUGAUGACUGGCAGCUUUAGUGAAAACCGAAGCGUAGUCGAAAAGGUUUUUGAUCAACUUGAACCCGGUGGCUACUUUGAGGCCCAGGACAUGGCUUUGCCCCUUGGCUGCGACGACGGUACCCUCAAGACCGAUUCGGACUUUUGGAAAUGGUGCAACCUAGUUAUGGAUGGCAUGAAGGCUUUCGGCCGCCCGGUCGCGGCGGCGCAGGAGUGGAAGAAGCUCAUGGAGGACGUGGGCUUCGAGGAUGUGGUCGAGACGGUGUACAAGUGGCCCACCAACCAAUGGCCCCGUGACCCCUUUUACAAGGAGCUCGGAACUUGGAGUCUGAUGAACAUGGACGCCGCCCUUGAGCCUUCCACCAUGGUCCCUCUUACCAGGGCGUUGGGAUGGAGCAAGGAUGAGGUCACUGUGCUGGUGGCAAAGACCAGGAAGGAGCUCAGGGACCCGCGUAUCCAUGCUUAUUGGCCCAUAUACGUCGUGUAUGGACGAAAACCCUUUCGGCCGAGUGCGCCUGCAUGGUCACCAGAACCCGUGCCUAUAGCGACCCCGACAGCAGCCCCAGCGCCUGCCCCUGCUCCUGCUCCUGCUCCUGCGUCGAGCGCUGCGCCGGCCCCUGCCCCUGUCGAGACUGAGAGUGAGGCUGCGCCACCCAAGGCAACAGCUGAGGCUACAGCGUCCAAGGAACAGGCUGAGGCUACUUCUUCCAAGGGGGCAGAAGCGUCUGAGAAAACAGUGGAAGGCAAGGACGCAAAGGAAGAGGUCGGCUCUUCGUCUGCGGCAGAUGCAAAGCCAGAGUAGGGGGCUUAUCAGAAAAAGCAACAAUCUUGCACGAUCUGCUUCUGCAGGCGGUAUCCACGGG